GUGGAAAGAAAUACCAGAUAAUAGGCUGUGCCGGUCAAGGUGGAUUUGCUCAAGUAUUCAAGGCAUAUAUUAACAGUAACCCUGAUGAUGUUGUCGCUUUAAAGAUACAAAAGCCUGCAUUCCCUUGGGAAUUUUACAUGUAUCGCCAACUGGACAGUCGCAUCUCGGACAAGGAAAGACCAAGCUUUGGCUUUGCUGAGAGAGUACAUGUCUUUUCUGAUAGUAGCAUACUAGUUUGUGACUAUUUAGCUCAUGGUACACUUCAGGAUGCUAUAAACUCUUACAUAGUAACUGGCCAUAACAUGGAUGAAGUGCUGUGCAUUUAUUACACCAUAGAAAUGCUUCGUAUGCUGGAAACUUUGCACAGCAUCAGCAUCAUUCACGGUGAUUUCAAGCCUGAUAACUUGCUCAUUCGCUAUGCCAGGGAUGAGCUUAUAGAUGAAGAGUUUCGCAGCCAAACUGGAGCCUGGCAUGAUCAGGGCCUUUGCCUUGUAGAUUGGGGAAGGGGUAUAGACCUAAGCCUUUUCCCUGAUGGCACAGAAUUCGAGGGAGAUUGUCGGACUUCUGGCUUUCGUUGUGUUGAGAUGCAGGAAAAUAAACCAUGGAAGUUUCAGGUUGACACAUACGGUCUCUGUGUGAUUGUGCAUAUGAUGCUCCAUGGAUCAUACAUGGAAAUUCAAAAGGUGUCUUCAGAUGGGAGCUAUAUUUACCAACCCAAAUCAUCUUUAAAGCGGUAUUGGAAUGUUGAACUAUGGAAGAAACUUUUCACGGAAUUGCUGAACAUGGGUUCGGGUGACGACCACAAGAAGAUGCUGCGGAGUUUGAGGGAGUCAUUUGUGGAUUACAUGUGUUCAAAUCCUCAGUUGAUUAAGAAACUAAAGCAGUUAUUGGUGAAGCAAAGAACCACCCUCUGUUCUUCCUAGACGUCUACCUUUCAUCCUUCCAUUUUUCUUUUGUGGGGUUGGGGGUUGUGUUAAUUCAUCCUUCCAUGCUUUGCUAGAGUUUCUGCUGCAUCUGUUCCCCAGUGAUGACCUGUAACACUAUUUUGAGGUACGAUAGAUAGAUGAGGUAAAAUGCUGUUUGUGCUUGUGAUCAAAGGAGCAAUGUAAAUAAUUGGUGAUCAAAAGAGUCUUUCAAGAAAUGUAUAAAAAAAAGAGGUAAGGUAUUUUCAGUAAACCCCUUCAGUAA